GGUUUCCUCCUGAAUUGGUGUUUAGGUAUUAUUGCCUCGUGGAGAUGGAUAUGAUCGGGUGGUUCUGGUGGCACAAUGAUACUCAAGUGGUCCGCCAUGAUCCAAAUUUGCCGUUCAAAAAAAACAUAGCAUCCAAGGCGGCUAAACCAGGCGGCCAAGAAACUUCCAGCGUCAACUCCCAUACCAACUCAUCUUCCCCUUAUAUACCUACCACUUCCAAGCCCUAAUUUUCCAACUUUCAAUCAAAUCAUCUCAAUCCCGUACAUACUUUCACCAUGUGGAACCGAACCUUCUCGAAGGAUGACUUGGAGUCAGGAACAACCGAACCACUAUACCCAACCAUGAUGGAGUCACCUGAUCUCCGGUGGUCAUUCAUCCGCAAGAUUUACUCAAUCGUCGCUAUACAGUUACUCCUCACCGUCGUUGUCGGUGCUAUUGUCGUCUCGUAUCAUCCGAUUGUCACUUACUUAACAACUACUCGUGGCGGAUUCGCUCUUUAUAUUCUUAUUAUCAUUACUCCCUUCAUCACGCUUUGUCCAUUGUCGUGUUAUUAUCAGCGGCAUCCGGUUAAUUAUGUGUUGCUUGCGGUUUUUACUGUUUCUCUGGCUUUUGCUGUUGGGUUGACUUGUGCCUUUACUAGUGGGAAGGUCAUAUUGGAAGCUGUUAUACUAACAGCAGCGGUGGUUGUGAGUCUCACUUUGUUCACAUUUUGGGCUGCAAGACAAGGUUACGACUUCAAUUUCUUGGGUCCUUUCUUGUUCGGUGCUCUCAUAGUGCUCAUCGUCUUCUCCUUCAUUCAGAUAUUUUUUCCAUUGGGAAAGAUUUCAGUGAUGAUAUAUGCUGGUCUUUCUGCUAUAGUCUUCUGUGGCUACAUUGUGUACGACACUGAUAAUCUGAUCAAGCGAUACACAUAUGACGAGUACAUUUGGGCUGCUGUGGCGCUAUAUCUCGAUAUCAUUAAUCUUUUCCUUUCAUUGCUUAACAUAUUGAGAGUCCUCGACAGAUAGACUGAUGACUGCUGUUGUGAUUUGUUCAUAUGUACGCAAAUCGUAAUUUUAAGAGAGAAUGUGGUGUGAAAAUGUUGAAUUGAUUUGUGUUAGAUGAUUGUUACUUGUAGCAUCGUCUUUUGUAAGCUGUCUUAUUCUGUACUAUUGUUUAUUGAUUUGUGUACUUUAGCUAUAAAUAAAGCCUUUUUCUUGUCA